AUGGGAGAUUGGAUGGAUUUGUUCCAAGACCGGGAUGGUGUUGAGAUAGCCGUGAAUGGCGGUACCGUCAUGGGAGGCGGUCGCAAGGUGAAGGAGGAGGCCAUGGGGUCUUUCGGUUGUGCUGUAAUUCCGGUAGUCGUAUGGCCCGGCUGCUACUGCAUUCUAAUGGUGGAGUUGCGCGGCAAAGAAGCAGCGGCUAUGCAUAAGUUGCUGGCUGCUGCAAGGCUCCAGUCGCAUGGGUUGGUGGCUGCUGGUGAUUGCAAGGCUACAUCUAUCUUUCUCCGUAAUAAUUCUGGGUUGUGGGUUCCUAUUCUCUCAUAUUAG